GACAACACGCAGAAUCCCACAUGGUUUGGCUGCCAGCUAAUUAUAAAAACUUUACAAAGUCUUUGGAAAGAAGUUAGUGGUGAUGUGACAGUUUCAUACAGCAUAACUAUCCCCUGGUGUGUAUCCUUCUUCUCACAAGUCGCACAGGGCCAUCUAUGAUCAUUCAAUUAAAAUGCCUAACUGGGUUCUACUAGCAGAAAAAUGCCAGGACCACCAGGGCGGACACCACACCUGCGGCAGGUAAGGUCACCCUAAUAUGCUCUACUCCUGCUAUAACUUCCAUUUUGCUGAAUCCUAGUAUACAACACUUUAGCUCUAGCUAGCUAGAAUGUCCUCGGAAGUAUAGACCGUAUUUCAGCAGUUAGCAACACGUUUCUAUGUCAAAACGUACCUUAAGGGCGGAUAUAGAUGCAUUCUUGUUUUUUCCUCCUCCAUGCGAUGAUCCGGAGCUGUUGCUACCAGACCUCUCCCUCCCGUCCCCACCUUGGCUGUUUCUCGGGCCGAGACGGUGCUGCCCAGCGCCACGCCGUCGUCCGUCAUGGCGGUUGUCUUUGGACAUCGACCUGCGAUGGCAUCCUUUGCUUUGCUGGGACUGCUGGUACUUCAGUUUGGAUUUGGACAAAGCUCUCUUAAACAUCUCCAUGAAGAUCAUUAUAUUGGCCAGCAGCACAACCCUGAACAUGACAUGAACGUCCUGCUGGGAGAGGACACUGAGGAGAUACAGAAACUUAGCCCAGCAGAACAGAACAAAAAAAUGUUGGAAAUUGUGAAGCGGAUUGAUACAAAUGCUGACAAUGUGCUGAAUCCAGAGGAGAUAACACUAUGGAUUCAACACGUCUAUAGAAAAUAUGCUCUAGAUGAUGCAAAGGAGCGGUUCCCUGAGUUUGACACUGACAAAGAUGGUGUUGUAGCCUGGGAGGAAUACAACAGUGUUGCUCAUGACCAGCUCAUUAGUUUUGAUGACAGCACUGUUCUGCAGGACCCAGAGCAAGAGUCUCUAAGACAUCUCCACUUGAAGGAGAGGAGGCGCUUUGACUUUGCUGAUGUGGACGGUACACCCGGGCUUAAUGUGACAGAAUUUCUUGCCUUCACCCAUCCCUCUGAAGUGGAUCACAUGGCCGAUUUUGCGAUUGAAGAUGUGUUGAGUGAAUAUGACACAGAUAAAGAUGGACUCAUCAGUCUGAGUGAAUUCAUUGGAGAUAUUCGACAUGAUGAGGAUUCCCCUUCACAGUGGGAGAUAGAAGAAACAGUGCGGUUUAAAGACCUCUAUGAUCAAGAUAAGGAUGGCAAGUUGAACCGAGACGAGCAGCUUCGCUGGGUUGCACCUAACAGCUACGGCUCAGCAAGAGAAGAGGCUCUACACCUCAUUAAGGAAGUGGAUCAAAAUGGAGAUGGACAGAUUUCAGAAGCAGAAGUUCUGAGAAAUCAAGAAAUAUUCAUGAACAGUGAAGUGACAGAUUAUGGCAGACAGCUGCAUGUUUUACACGAUGAACUAUAAUUGAAUGUUCUUGUUUUGUUUUUUAAAUGAAGGUGUUAUGUGGUUUAUUUCCGGUACUGACACUAGUCAUGGAAUUUACGCCAUUGUAGAUCUUACCCGUCUUACUGGACAAAAUAACAGGAAAAACACAUAUUACAACACAAGUUGAAUACAUCACUGAGACAAGUUGCACAUCUCUAGAAUGUUUCAGGAAAAUCUAAACAUCAGAAGCUUCACAACAUACAGUAUAAUGUGUUGCAGGGCUUUUAUAUUGUAAUGUAUUAUACAGUAAGCUAUUCCUGUUAUUUUGCCUGUUAUAAAUGCACAUAUUUCUGAUAAACAGGGAGUUUUAACUGAUAA